CCUCUCGACUGGAGCAACUGCGGGUUCCGAGGCCUGGAAUCGUCGACGCUCUUCAAUUUCUGCCUAGGUACCUACCCUUAGUUAUUGGCGCGCUUGAUAUCGCUUGCUGGACAGUGAGCAUUUCGUCUCUGGCGGCUUGCCUUCCAGUCCAUGCAACCCGAAAUCCUUCCAGUCCGGGGAGAUGCCGCGGCUCAGCGAAAUCAGCUACUCUCACGCGGCGACCGUUGGCGCCAUUAGCGCUUACUUUAACUUUCUCGCCGUCAUGUACCUGGACGAGGCCGACAUUCUUCGACCACCCGAGGGCGGCUGGCCCGAGAUGACACCUGGUCGUCUCCAGAGCUUCGGCAAGACCGACAAAGUCAACAUGCUGUUGCGCCAAAUCCCCUACCUCCGUCACGACACCUACGGAGUGAAAAGCGAGGCCGAAGUUGGUUCCCGUGAUGUGCGGUUCUGGAACUGGAUGGAGGUGUUUCGUAAUCUUGACCGCCGCCCUUGGCUAGACGACAAGGAAGAACUGGAGGAAUGCAAGAUCAUGACGGAGCCCCUUGACGAACACGGGGAACCUGGGCUCGCACCGCCGCACGCCGUCGGCCUCAUUUGCACGCCGUCGGCCAGGGAUGAAAGCCGGUGGAUACUCGACACGGAGCUUGGUGUCAUCUACUGGCUUGCGUGCCCCGACAGCAUCAGAUACGAACCGACCCGGGAACCCAUCCUCUACGAUGCCUUUGACUAUUAUGCUCCCGAGGGCGAGGCGGAAUGGCGCAGCGAGCCCGCCUGGGCCGUGGUCAACUUUUUCGAGCUCCUCAAGGACCAGUUCCGGCUGCUGUGUACUUGGUGCCGGUCAGCCCUACGGUUCUGCUCAACAUGGACGAGGUCCCAACCGAGGUUCAAGAGGCUCAGCCAAUCUAUCGCGAGCAUAGCUGGCCAGACCUGGCCCGCUAUCGCAAGGACACGUGCUUGAGGGCGGUCCGGGAGAGGCUGGAGGAACGGUACGGCGAGGACUGCGAGCUGCUGGGGCUGUGAUAUGGCCCUGUCUUGGCAGUUGGCUUGGCUGUUGGUUGUAUUGCACACUUGUGCUCCGCAUGUAAGGUAGUGCUCGAGUCACUCCAGCCGCCAAAGGGCGGCUAGUCGGAAUGGCGUUCUCAGAGCCCGACGUGUAGCCGAACUCCCACCACCCAG